CACCGUGCCGGCGCCACCGCUUCCGGAUCCCACCCCGCCGCGGAUCAAAUCCCGCCGAUGGGGGUGGUGAUCGAGAGGGAGGAGUGGGUGCUCACGCCCCUCGCCUACCCUCUGCUCUCCGCCGCCUCACUCGCCGCCGUCCUCCUCCUCCCCCACUUCUCCCGGUGGCACUCCGCCGUCGUCGCCCCGUCGUCCCCCUCCCCCUUCGACGUCGGAACCACCCCCUUCAUCCGCUUCCGCCGCGCCUUCCUGCUCCUCUUCUCCCUUGCAUCCGUGGUGGAGGGGAUCCAGUUGGUAUUCGGGGAGGAUGAGUUUUCGCGGUGCGGGUUCGGCAGGGAGCAGAUGGCCGCGCGCCUUGCGGCGGCCACGGUCGCCGCGCUCUUUCUUGGCGGUGCCUCUGGCAUUGUCGCUGACAAACUAGGACCACAGCGUGCUUGCAUAUUUUACUGGAUGCUUCAGCUUGUGGUGGGUGCCUUCAAAACUUUCAGUGGGCUUCGUUGUUCAUGGAUCAACAAUUUCAUUUUGGCUCUUGCUUCUUCAAUGUUCUCGUUCUGUUUUGAGACGUGGAUUGUCCUGGAGCAUGAGAAGCAAGGCCAGAAGCAAGAUUUGCUGUUUGAUACCUUUUGGCUGAUGACGUUCUUCGAAUCGGUCUCUCUAGUUGGAAGUCAAGGAAUCACAAAUUUAUUGCUUGAUGAUGAUGACAAAGGAAUCUUGCUUCCGUACUUGUUUGCAGCCUUAGUGUCAACAAUAGGAAUACUGUAUAUCAGAAAAGCACCAGUUACCAGUACAACCCAGCAUGCAUCUGUCAUUGGAAGCUACCAAAAAUCCUUUUUCGCUCAUGUCCUCAGAGACAAAAGAGUGCUGAUCCUGGUCUUAGCUCAAGCAAGUGUCCAGUUCUCUGUAUCAGCCUUUUGGUUUCUGUGGACACCAACAAUAGUGGCUGAUGGAAGGGAUGCUCCGCUGUCCCUAAUCUACCCAUGUUUCCUAGUCUCAAGAAUGGUUGGAAGUGCUGCUUUUCCAUGGUUUUAUGGAGCCAUGGCUCCUCUCCAGAACGAGGAUAGCCUGACAACAGCAUACAUUGCCGCUGGGCUUGCUUUGUCGAUUGUGGCUUAUGAUUACCAGGAGAUUGGGACACUGGUGAUACUGUUCUGCAUCUUCCACGCAUGCGUGGGCUUUAUUUUACCUUCACUAGCAAGAUUUAGGACAAUGUACCUGCCAAACGAACUACGUGGGGGCAUGAUGAGCUUUUCGCUAGCAUUGGCAAAUGCACCUAUCUUCGUUUUCCUCUUACAGGGCGCCUACCAUCGAAACAUCGCCAAUUCAACCAUUCUAGGCCUUGCAGCCUGUGGCCUUUUAUCUGCUGGGGGCUGCAUUCAUAUGCUCAGGCGCUGGAGAAAACACACCCGGCAAAACGCACGUAGCCUGUAGGAUAGACUUCACAACUAGACCUGAAGGGUGUUCUGUUCGUAGCAUAAUGGGUUGACGCAUUUUCUUUCUCGGCUUUUGGUCAUUGGAUCCUCAUGUGGUCACGGUGCACAUUGUCCACGAUCUGAUCACGGGUGUAUCAUACUGGUGUGUGGUGUGGUUUCUGUUAUUAAGUAAAAGAAUAGAUUGUUCAAUCGAGGGUAACACAUCCUGUAGACAUGUAAAGAGGCUGCAUUUCUGCCACAUACUAUGGUGAUUCUGCGAUACAGAAGUUUUUUUUUUCUUGAACA